AUGGAUUUGAUUAUGUGGUCUUUAUUAGAGAAAUGCAGUGAAGAGAGAGUGUUUAAGGUGUUUAAUAACCUGGUAGUGAACGAGACAGAAGAAGAUGUUGAGGCUGAGUUUUCUAACCGGAGAUAUGUAAUGCCUAGAGAGAGUUGCUUCUACAUGUCUGAUUUACUGCACAUCCGAAACCUUGUUCCUGUUAAAGCUGAAGAAGGCUUCAAUCUUAUAGUUAUUGAUCCGCCCUGGGAAAAUGCAAGCGCUCAUCAGAAGUCAAAGUAUCCGACUUUACCAAACAGAUACUUCUUAUCCCUCCCAAUAAAACAGCUUAUUCAUGCUGAAGGAGCUCUCGUUGCGUUAUGGGUGACAAAUAGAGAGAAAUUACUUAACUUUGUCGAGAAAGAGCUUUUCCCUGCGUGGGGAGUUAAGUACGCAGCUACAAUGUAUUGGUUAAAGGUGAAACCAGACGGUACAAUGAUUUGCGAUCUGGACCUAGUCCAUCACAAACCUUAUGAAUAUCUACUACUAGGCUACCGCUUUGCCGAACUUGCAGAACCAAAACAUAGUUCAGAUUUUAACCUCUUGGAUAAGAACAAAAUAAUCAUAAGCAUCCCUGGAGAUUUUUCUAGGAAACCCCCAAUUGGAGAGAUACUAAUGAAACAUGUUCCUGGAUCUCAACCAUCUCGGUGUCUUGAGCUAUUUGCUAGAGAAAUGGCAGCUGGAUGGACCUCUUGGGGAAACGAACCACUUCACUUCCAGGACUCGAGAUACUUCUUGAAAGAUUAA